CAACCCACUCCCAUUGACAAUGGCAAGCCAUACGACUCCUACUCUUCAUUGGUUUCGUUCUCAAAGACUCCCUCCCUCCCUCAACAACUUUCCCCACUGCGUAAAAUGCAUUUUUCUGACAUUUUCUUUUCUCCACCACUCUCUUGAAUUCCCCGCUCCACUUUCUCCAUUUUCUUUUCUCUGUAGAUCCAAUAUAUAAUACCACGGGGGGCAAAGUAAAAAUAAAAACUUUAAGAAAAGAAAAGGGAAAAGCUUUUUCUUCUUUUUUUUCUCUUCUUAUCCUCAAAAAGAUUCAUUCAUCAGGUCCUGGAAGGGAAAAAAAGAGAGCUUUUUCAUUGAAUCUUGAAGGGCUUUCGCAGUACCAUGGGGAGCAAAUGGAGGAAAGCGAAGCUGGCCCUCGGAUUGAAUCUCUGCACUUAUGUCCCAAGAACUCACCUUGAAGACGACGUCGACGCCAAGGCGGCGCCGCCGCUCUCCUCCCCGCACGCCGACGGCGCCCUUCCCUCUGCUGCCCCUCCCGGCUCGCACAGCUUGAAGCUUUCUAAAAGCUUGAGUAGAUCUUCAAAGAAGAUAUGUUCAAUAUGUUUGGGUACAAUGAAGCGGGGGAACGGCCACGCUAUAUUCACUGCCGAAUGUUCACAUUCCUUCCAUUUCCAUUGCAUCGCUUCUAAUGCGAAACACGGAAACUUCCUUUGCCCAAUUUGCAGAGCAAAAUGGAAAGAAAUUCCCUUGCAACGUCCUAGCUUGGAUCUUCCUAUUCCGGGAAAGCCAAGAGUUUCGCUGCCUCCUCGUUUGAAUCAAAACAGGAAUUUCGCGCCGUUACUUCACACUUCUGAGCCAACUGUCUUUGAUGAUGAUGAAUCUUUGGGUGUUUUCCCCCUUCAACAACCUUUGCCGCAUAAUGUAGAAGGCAGAGUGAUAAAAAUCAACACAUACCCAGAAAUCCCUUCAGUUUCAAGGUUCCAUUCGUGUGAUAAAUUCACAGUCUUGGUCCAUCUCAGUGCUCCCAGUUCAAUUCUUGGUCAAAACCCACACCGUGCGCCCGUUGAUCUUGUCACGGUCCUUGACAUCAGCGGCAGCAUGGCGGGGACCAAGCUCGCUCUCCUGAAGCGGGCCAUGGGUUUUGUGAUACAGAACCUGGGCCCCGCUGACAGGCUGGCGGUCAUUGCCUUCUCCUCAACAUCAAAACGCCUUUUCCCGCUCGGAAGGAUGUCUGAAGGGGGGAGGCAACGAGCUCUCCAAGCGGUCAACUCUCUGGUCGCGAAUGGGGGGACGAAUAUCGCCGAGGGCUUGAGGAAGGGUUCCAAGGUAAUGGAAGACAGGAGGGAGAAGAACUCAGUCUCCAGUAUAAUACUCUUAUCUGAUGGCCAAGACACGUAUAGCGGGACCCAGCACUUCCCGGCUUGUAGAACGAUCCCCGUACACACUUUCGGGUUCGGCGGGGACCACGAUGCUUCGUCAAUGCAUUCGAUUGCAGAGGCAUCGGGAGGCACGUUCUCUUUCAUUGAAACAGAAAGUGUGAUCCAGGAGGCAUUUGCUCAGUGCAUUGGGGGGCUUCUGAGCGUCGUGGUGAAAGAGCUUCGUUUGGAUAUUGAUUGCGUUCACCCGGGAGUCCUCAUCAGAUCUUUGAGAACGGGUAGUUACCCAAACAGGGUCUUAUCUGAUGGAAGAAAGGGAUCUAUUGACGUCGGGGACCUAUACGCCGAUGAAGCGAGAGACUUUCUGGUUACAGUCAGUGUCCCUACCGAAGAAAACAACGAGACUUCAUUGUUGAAGGUGAGGUGCACGUACAUGAACCCAUUGACGAAAGAAACCAUAAACAGUACAAGUGAAGAAGAAGAAGAAGUUAGGAUAAAGAGACAUGAAGAAAGUGUAAGAGAAGCGGGCGUGUCGAUAGAAGUGGACAGACAGAAGAACAGACUCGAAGCGUCCGAGGCGAUGGCGGAAGCGCGGGCCGCCGCCGAGAAAGGUGACCUGGCGGGGGCCGCCUCGGUUCUCGAGAAAUGCAGAAGGGCAAUUUCGGAAACGGCGUCGGGUAAAUCUCGAGACGACCUGCUCUGUUUGGCACUCGAUGCCGAGCUCAAGGAGAUGCAAGAGCGGUUGGCGAGCCGGCACGUGUACGAGGCUUCGGGGAGGGCGUACAUUCUGUCGGGGAUGAGCUCGCACUCGUGGCAGCGGGCCACGGCCCGCGGGGAUUCCACGGACAUGUCUAGUCUGGUUCGGGCGUAUCAAACCCCGUCCAUGGUCGAAAUGGUCACCAGCUCUCGGGCCACUGGCCCGUUGCCUUGGAGGCUCGUUCGUCCGACGUGGGGCCCGAGGUCACAGCCCAAGCCCAGGUAACGUUUGGCAUGAAGGCUGAAGUUUCACAGAACAACAACACAACAUUGUAGUUUGUAAUGCUUUUGAGUAGUUUUUUUUGGCUUUUUAUUGUUUGUUUAAUGUGGUGUGGGGGGUAAAUAAAAUCCUGGAACAGAAAAAGGGGGAAAUUUUGUGGGAAAAUGUAAUGAAGGGUAAACUUAGUUGAUAUGGUAAAUG